CGUCUCCCCAUCGCGAAGUGUUGGCCAAAGUGAAGUGCAAGCGAAAAAAAAAUCGAAUUUUCGCAAAUUAUUCGCUGGAAAAGUGCCCAAAAUCGCUCCGGACGUUGCGGGAGAGACCAUGUAACGCGCGGAUCGUCAAGUGCUCCGUGUGCGACCCGUAUUAACGACGAGAAAGCGAAAAAAACAGUUAAUUUUGUUGUAAUAAUGGAUAGUAAAGAUCAGCUUGCCUCGGAACAGUUGAUACUGCUGUCAUCAGAUGAUGAAAACGAUGACGACGUAGUGAUCGACUAUCUGAGCUCCAGCAAUCCUCUACUACCGCAACCGGUGACGCCGAGUCUCCUGAAAUGUAAUGAUUUCACGACGGCGAAGGACGUAUCGCCGCUAGCAUCCGUAGGCGCCAACCAGCAGCAGCAGCAGCACAGUCUGAACAACGUUCACAACUACAACAACAGCAGCAGCAACAUCAUAGACAAGUGCAAUAAUAAAAGCAAGCUGAGCGAUAUCGUCAUCGACACGGCGGCCAUCAACAGUGACUGUGGCCAGCAGCAGCAACUGCAGCAGCCGACCGGGGCCAACAGCAGUACCGGCCACCAUCCCACCAACAUGGUGCCUAUCAUCAGUGUUACUCCGCACAGUCCCGGUGCCAAGUAUAACUUUCUCGAGGACACACUAAAUCAUCUGCAAAGCAUCCGGGAAAGUGUGGUUCAGAUGAAAAACUCCACCAUUCAGAAUACCAAUUUUGGUGGCGUUGGAUCUAUUGGAGCAUCGCAACUGUCCUCUUCCAAGUUAUUCUCGUCAUGCCCCUCCCUACCGGAUCUAACGAUCGCAAACGCGGGCAGCAUAUGGCUCCAACAGCAGCACAUGUACAGCUUGAAUAACGACCGGCGAAAGUCCUGGACGGCGAUCGAGGAUUUGACCGAGUGUGCCAAGUCGUCUCACAAGAGCGUCAGCCUGUCCAGCUUGGAUAGCGAAGAGCAGGACUCGUUGCGAGCAGCCGAGAGACUGCACAAUCGAACUAGUCGCAACAGCACCGGUGGAAUAUCAACGCACUCGCUCAAUGAGGCAGAACUGGCGCGCGAUUUUGAGAAAAUUGUCAAGCGGAAUUUAGCCCCGGCAGUGUGUCGGAUCCCGUUGCAGAAAAGCAUCUCGACACCAUCGAUAGCUCCAGUUCGUAAUCAGAGCACCAAGGAGGACACCGCAACUCCUACAAGGCAUCUUUCCGACAGUGAAGAUGAAACCCAAGACGAUCGAUCUCUGCUCUGUGUGAGAGACAAAACCGAGGGCUACACCGACCUUCCGGAAAAGCGCAGGAAACGAGGCUCGCUAUUUUUUCGCAAGAAAAAAGACAAAGCCAAAACCAAGGGACAGAAUUCCACCUGCGAUGCUUGCGGAGCAGUUAUCAAUUUGGCCACCUACAAAGACCACGCCGUCGAGUGUAAGGCGAAAAUUGCAAAGAAAUAUUUCCAAGUGCAGCCCAAAUCCGGUUCCAACAAGAAGAACUCAACCAACAGUGAAAAAAGCGGCAAGAAAAUGACUGGAUGCUACUCUCCGUGGAGAUUGGUCGCUAACAAGUUAGGCGUGGUUUCCGCUCACGCUAGCCACAGUUCCUCGCAUCAUGAUGAUCAAGGUAGAGACUAUUACGAUGGCACCAUACAAAAUGACAACUCAAACUACUCAGAUGACACGCCCUUGAUACGAGACGAGUUUCUACACGAAGCCCCGAUCGGUCCGCAUGAUCUUGGCGCUGAACCAAUCCUCGGCGUGGCCAUCGAUGAACCCGACUCGUGGAGUCCUAGUGUACCAAAAGAGAUAGUGAAGUCACUAAAAGAUAAACAGCAGGUCAAACGGCAGGAGCACAUCUACGAAUUCAUAAUGACCGAGAAGCAUCACUGCGAAACCCUACUAGUCAUGCAGAAGGUAUUCGUCGAGAGCCUCCAGAAGCACUUUAGUCAUCUGAAUCUGGAGCGAAUGUUCCCACGAUUGCUAGACCUCACGGAACUGCACACAGGCUUCCUGAAGAAGCUCCGGCUGAAGCAACGGGAGCGACCCGUUGUGGACAGCAUCGCGGACAUUCUGCUGGAAUUCUUUUCGGCCAUGUCGGCGCAGAAGCUGAAAUCAUCCUACGGCGAAUUCUGCUCGAACCACCGGUCGGCUCUGAGCACGUUCAAGUUCUACAUGAACGGCGACAACACGUUCGCCGAGUGGUACAAACACUGUCAGCAGAAUCCACUGCUGAAGAAGAAAGGCAUCCCGGAGUGUAUUCUGUUUGUGACGCAAAGGCUCACCAAGUAUCCGCUGUUGAUCGAUCCGCUGCUGAAAAGUUCCCGGGAGGAUAAAAUCGAGCAGGAAAAGCUACAGAAGGCAAUGCAGCUGGUCAAGGAGAUACUGGUGGAUGUGGAUGCCCGGGUGGCUGAUAAGGAGAAGGAAGACCGUCAAUUAGAAAUUUUCAAACGAAUCGACGCCAAGUCGUACGCGAUUUUCAAGAAGGAUAAGUUUAAAAAGUCGGAUAUCAUUUCUAGCAGCAGGAAGCUCAAAUUCGAAGGCGUCGCAACGCUAAUGCAGGGCAGAUCCAAAAUGCAGACGGUUUUGGUCGUGGUUCUGUCAGAUUGUCUGUUUUUCCUGCUGGAAAACUCACACAAAUACUCGUUCUUCACACCUGAAAAUAAGGCUGGAGUGGUUUCCCUGCAGAAGUUGCUAAUACGGGAGAAAGCCGGCACGGAGUCUAGGGGUAUCUACAUCAUCUCCUCUAAUCCAGCGUACCCAGAAAUGUUCGAACUGAAAGUGCAGAGUCCGAAGGACAAAAAUGUGUGGAUUCAAUCGAUUAGAGCUGCCGUUAUCGACUGUCCAUCGGACGAAUCGGAGACUGAGGACUACAUGACUGCUGAACAACGCCAAAAACUACUAGAUGCUAAGCAAGCCAACAUUCGUGAGAUUAUCUCGAUGGGAACAACCGAACUCGAAGGCAAAAUGAGGCAAAAAGACUUCGAACAAGCGAUCCUGCUGGAGGAAAAGAUUGCCCUUCAGCUGAGCCUUCUGCUGGACAACGAACACAACACGGAACAGCUGGGUCCUACGGUUGAGGCGUUCAUCUCCAACUAUGGCUCCUACCGGGAUCUGGUCUCGGACGACUGUGAUACGAUGGAGAUAUUAAAGCGGGUCAUGAAUACGAUUAAGGAGACGAGCGAUUUGGCAGCAUCGCUGUAUACCGCCGCCACCGGAUUGCCCCUAUCGCGGUCAUUCAGUUCGGUCGGGGAAAGACAGAGCGAGGUGUACAUCUCACCAACCUUGCCAAAGCGGGCGGAAACGUUUGGCGGAUUCGACGAGCGGCGGUCCAAACAGCAGCAGGCUAUAAUCAGCUCGUCGAGAGAUGCAGUGCUGUCCACAUUGUCCGCGGGAUAUUUUACCAAUAGGGAGAGCUACGAAAAACGCGAAUCAAACGCAUCGGAGGCCGAGGGAGGACCAUUUUCUCCGGGUCUGCAGCACGCUCCAAUGAAGCUGAAUCCGGAAGCAUUAACCACCGAACAGGCUAAAGACAACAGUUACGCAGCACUGCACGUAUUUCACCAUUUACAUACGCUGCUGUGCAUAAUCUCUCAGCAGAUGACAACCAUUCAAAGUCUGCAACAUCAGCUCAACGCUUUCCGAGAAAACCCCAAAAACAUGUAUCGCCACAAUGAUCAACUGGAAGAGUUGCGAAAUUUACAGGAUAAGCUUCAGGAGGAGAAGACUGCUUGGCAGAAACAGAAAGAAACCGAAGAAAGAGAACUGGAUGAGCAACGGUUGUCUCAAAAGACGCUGCAGGAUCAAAUUCGUGCUGAACAGGAAGAUAUCAAACAACAGCGGGAGCAGCUAUAUCGCAAGAUGGAGAUACUAUCUAACCAGGGUUUGCUGCUUUCGCCUAGCGUCGCUAUACCAGUUCCCGCUGGUGCAAUGGCGGCUCCGCAGCACGAAGAACAGUCUAUCAAUAGCGAAGAGUAUCACUUGGACGGUGGGAUGGGGGCACUGGCCAAUACAUCGGGUGGACCGGUAAAUACCACCAUCGACCGAAGGAAGGACAAAUGGCGAACUGCUAGCAUUAACAAAGCCCCUCCCGUAAAUCUGGUCAGUGUAACUAAUGCGCCAAAAGUUAGUGCUUCUAGUAUCAAACAGCAGCUGCCACUGAAAUUGUCAUCCCUGUCGAGCACCAAACCCAGUUCCAAUAACAACUCGGUUACAUCCCCCAGCGGAAGCAGUCCGAAUCUGAUGAGCAGCGGUAGUGCCGGCGUCACGCAGAUGUUUCCACUCAAAUUAGCUGAUAAAAAGAUUAUAUCGAGCUUACCAAACCAUUCACGAACCGGCAGUAGUCCUGCGGCGAUACAACAACAGAUGCCGGUUCAGCCAGGAAACCCUGCCACAAGGACUAAUACCUACCCCAAAAUUCCGGAACGGUAUCGCCUGCGUAGCUCCGACACGUACCAAUCCCCUCAGCAUUAUUCCAACAUGCAGUCUCAUCAACAGCAGCAUCCGUUGGCAUCUCCAACACCUUCCCAUUCGUCAUCGCUCCGUUCGACGGCAAUCCACGAGCAGCAUCAGCAGCAGCAAUACCAGCAGCAUCAUUUUCACCCGCAGCACCACUCGAUGCACAGUACACCACUAUCGUCGCGUCAUUCCAGUCUUCAGUCACCGCCGCCCGCCGGUUCACCUUCAUCCGAUGCUGGAAGCAAUAACAACAGCAGUCCCGGCAGUAACAAGAAAGACGCCACCAAGGGUAAGGAAGAAGAGGUGAUUUAUUUUUGAUACAUGCCAGUUGAGGUUGAAAUCUAAUCACCUGGACGUACUGGACUGGAUUCUACUGUGCGUGUUGGUUCUCUCUUUGGUACUGUAUGUUGUGAUCCUUACCUUUCGACUGAUUUUUUCCGCAAUGUGAUCUCUAUUGGCAAGUUGUAGGACGCAUUUGUUUUCUCAACACAGUUUUUUUUAGUUUGGUAGGAAGGUUCCCUGGAUGGGAUACUGAUGUUAUGGCUGUUCUAUCAUUGAGCGGUUUUAUUUUACUAAUCGUACUUCACCGAUUGCAUUAGAUCAACAAAGUGUAAACCAUUUCUUGUCGAAUCAACGUGAAUAUUUUACUCAAUCUGUGUUGACGAAUUUACAUUUACUAAUCUACCGAGAUGCUCAAUGUUUUCUCUAGUAACUGUUAUUUCUUUAAAUUUAUUAACUUAUUUUUAAACAAAUAGUAAUCUACGUUUACCGCUUGUACGAGAAAAAUUCAAACCAAGAUUUGCGUAGUCACACAAUUUAUUGGAAAACCUGUUUAUGUUUAGCAAAAUCAGUUAAAAUAGCAUGUGAUGAAAGGAAAAAGGAAGUGAACAAUCCAUUUUCAAGUACCUUCUACUCUGGAAAAUAUAUCUUCCAAAACGCACAAUAAAGGCAACUUCUUCGAUCAGUAGAAAUCUAACAUUCCUAGCUCAUUUCCUACCGUCGCUCUUGGAGGAUCAGUAACAUGCUCUCGGUAAAAUGAGCAAAAAUCAAGACUCGAAUACAUCAAUGUGUGUAUAUGUACAUAGGAAUAGUGUUAUGUUUAGUUCGUAGACAGCUAGCGAUUGUAAGGAAUUUAACAGUAUAAAUAUGCGACCAAAUGCGUCGAAUUAUUUCAGUUCCAGUUCUCCUAAUCCUAUUCUCAUGUGAUGAAAUUGUUGGUUUUCGUUACUAAACAUAUUGAUAAACAUUAAGAAGAGAGUAACAUGCAUUUAUAGAGCGUUAGUUUUCAUCGACUAAGCUAAAGAACAAACUAUUUACUACUGCUACUAUUACUCGACAAAUUUAACGAGACUGGUAUUUAAGAGAGUACGACAUAUAUCACGUGUUGCGAAACAUUUAGAACGUACCUAAGAAAACAAACAAAAAACGAAACAAGUAGCGGGGGACGGAUCGGUUCGGAAUGGAGGGAUGCGACGUAGCUUUUUGAGUCGUAGUUUUGAUUUGUCUGCGAGGCUUUACUGACUGGUUAUUUAAGUGUUCGUUUGCUGUUCUAUCGUAGUGUUCUAUUUGUUUCGUAUGCGAAAUACGAUAACAUGUUCACACAAACAAGUCAGAUGCAAAUGAUCCGGACAAAACUGGGGAUUCCGGAUGAAGAGCUCAAAAGAGAAUUUCACUUCUAUUUUCGCGAGGUUUAAUGAAAACCACUGCAUUAAAUUCUAAACGAUGCAAUUCAGUUGGGUAUUAUUUUUUAUCGGCCAUCUUUGCAUGUGAAAAAUUACCUAUGUUUUGAUCAAUUUUUCUGCAGAAAUCACCAAAUGUUUUGUUUUCAACUGUGUAAAGACCGAAACUGGUUGAUAGUUUUUAUUUUUUAUAAGCUGAACAGAAGCUGAAAUUGAUGUUAGAAUGCUUAUUUGUGGCAAGUCAAAGCGAUAUGUACAUAGAAGAAAACACUGCCUGUUUUUUUAUUUGGCGCUCCAGCCUCAGCUGAAAUUCUCGUCACUACUCUAAGCAGCUUCAGAAUGUAAGUCAUAUUAUAGUGCUGUUUUAACCCUUCUACGCUCAACUUUUUUUUCUUGAGAAUAUGGUCUUCCAAUACUUGCCUUAAAUCAAUUGGAGUCAGAGUCUUACAAUACAAAAAGAAAUUUGAUCAGAACAUGUGCUUCAUUCCGAGUCCUAGAUGAUAUCCAAUUUUUAACAUUUGAUGCGCAUUGUAAUUCUCUUAGCCUAUUGCAAGCACGGAAUAGGUACCCCAAAGUAAAAAAUAAAGGAGCUAAAUUGAAGCUUAUCUGUUAUUACACUUGAGCCUAUUUUCUGGUUCUUGCUUACACCAAUAUAACUGACACGAGUGCAAUGACGUGUAUUUUGCAGAACAUUCACACAUCAAUCUGCUCCGGUCUUUCAUAUCCCUGAAGUUUUGGUUACUUUGCCUACCAGACAUUAAGACUGCGACUCACAGCCUCAAUAAAUGGGAAAGGGAUUAGUAAUUCGAAUGACUGCGAACGCCGAACGAGCUGUGUACGGGCUAAAAUUCGUCCCUGAUCGCGAAAAGUACAUUACAACACAAUAAACAAGACUACCCUUGGUUGUUACUUAUCGUUAGCGUUAGUGUAACGUCAACAAAGAAAAGAUUGCUUAUCACUGCAGAAUAAAGAUGAAAACAUUUCGACAAUAUAAACACAUAGCAAACAUACAUACAUACCAUACCGUAGCGAAAGCAGUUCUAUUCAUAAACAACAAAGGUGUGAAUAAACGGGCAACAAGUAGAUUUGUGUGGCAUUACUUUUGUGUUCCAACCAGAAUAAAGCUCAAAACAAUCAAACUUUUAGACACACGUGUAGGCCAAAAAUUUCCAACUUUUACUCUUAUCGGAACGUAUCGAUUUGUAUGUGUGUGAGAAAGAGCGUACGGGCAUUAUUUAUAUAGCAGCUUUAAGCAUGAUGUUUUAGCUUUCGAAUGCAAAGAGUUCAGCUUCCUGUUGUUUCCGAUUCGAAUUCAAUGUGAAAUCAGGCGCCCUCAGAACAGCUCGUAUGCAAUGUGAGAUAAUGAAAGUAUUAUAUUUUUAAAGGUUAACAUCGUGGGAAAUAAUUACAAGAAAUAGAGAUACUUAUUUCAGAAACAACUUCUUGACAAUACGAACAUUCUAUAAACAAACAAAAAACAAACCGAUACAAAUCAUCGCGGUGAAAGAUAUGAUAUAUAGUGAGCUGUAUGGAUAGUAAACAAACACUAGGACAGAGCAAAUUUGAAGCUUACAUAGGGAUGCAUACUGUUUGAAUAAAAAAAUGGCAUAGUUAUUGAAACAACUCUCCGAUAUACUGAUACGAAAAUGAAGAUUAAUUGUAUGUAUGUAUAGAACAGAGCUAUCAAUUAUUAAGAAGAACUACUAAUUAACUGUAAAACUGAACCAUUCUCCCCCCGGAAGAUUGUAAAUAAUAGUAAACAGAGACUAUUGAACGUGUUUCAGAGAUGAAGUAUUUUAAAGAUACAUGAAUAGGAAACAGUUUAUAUAUACACACAUACAUUCGCAUCACCGAAUAACAGAAGGCAACUCAACAAAACUUACAUCUGCUCAACUUCCCUAUCAUACAUAUAUUCGACAGAGAAAACAAAAAAAAAAACAUUACAGCAUACUACAAAGUAUGAGCGAAUUGAGAUGAGAACUUUCAAACUACUACCAAUGACGUUCAUGUAGCUCCGUAAACUUACCUUUGUUUGUUGUGUCAUGUAUCAUGCUUUGUACAAUUUAGGCUGCAUGCAGUUCGUGGAAAGCUUAUCUCGUAAAGGUUCUGUUUAAAUUGCGAGCAGUGCCACUAAUAACAUUUAUCGCGAGAGUUGCAGUUUGACUGGUGGAUUUUUUUUGUGUUACAUCCGUGGUUUACCAGCUAUAUAAAGGCACUGAUUUUGAAAUUAUCCUACUUUUACUGUUUGUUCAAAUUUACAUAAAGCUUGCUGCCAAGCUGAAAAAAUUUGAGCAAAAUCUAUGUUAUUGCUCGCUACUCUACUUAAUUUGUAUCAGAUAAGAGCGAUUUUCGUUUAUUGUUGUUUAUUUGAUCGGAACAUUCAUCGGACAGUUGUCUUAAUGAAAAAUAUAAAUAAUUUGUUUGUUAAUAGUACGAUAAAAUUUGAAAACUUGUGGACGAAAAUCGUUGAUCGAAUAAUUCGAAUAUUUCGUAAAACCGAAGGCAGAUCAACCGAAUAGGUUCAUGGAUUCUGUAUUCUGCGAUGACGGUUGGUCCAAGUACAGGACCGCUGGCGCUGGCAAAGCGUCCUUUCGGGGACAUACAUAUUUUGUUGAGUAAGGAUCGAGAGACUAUUAAUUUCACCAACGAGGAGUUAAGCUGCAAAUACGGUUUGUGCGAUCAGGCGCCUUUUCUUGAGCAUUCCAAUAUUUAAAAGGUGGAAACGAUCUGUAUUUGGCGGUAGAUUCAGCGGUUCUUACGGAGAGCAUCCUUCACGAUUUUUUUCUGUGUGGACUAGACCAUACCAGUCCAGUUUAUUUUAUUAUUUAUACACCGUACAUACACCUUGUAAAACUAUAUAUUUCUUAUCAAUUACUUAUAUCUAUGCUUGAAGAUGUUAAAAUCGAACAAUGAAGAAGCUUCGUAAAAUCUGUGGUAACAUGUUUCCAGUGGAUUAUUUUGUCCAUAUGCAGUACGGUGUCUAGAGAUCCACAACAAAGUGGAGUUAAGAAGAACACGGGAGGCGCAUUCAAAUUAAAGCCCGAGAGAAGAUCUGGAUGGUCGAUAUCACUUGACAGCAAGUCGUCAACAAAAACUCUUUGCAGGAAAAUACGACGAGUCGCCAGAGUCUGCAAACCGAGUAGCAUACAUCUAUCGACGUAAGGAGGCAAUAUAAAUGGAUCAUUCCAUGGAAGUUUCCUGAGGGAUAAGUCCGCGGUGUUCCGCUUUAAGAAGCCCAGCAUUCCGAAAGUCUUAGAACUUGACGCGGUGACAUUGUCGGAAAAGCCCAAGUCACGGAUCGAGUCGACGCUUUCAUCUGUUCUUCUUUGUACACUGUAUUUAUAACGUCCUGGAGUAAGCAAGCGUCCGCAACUAAUUACUUUGCAUUUAUUAACGUUGACUUCCAUUCCGUUAAACGUGCACCAUUCUUGAAUAAUACAGAUAUCUUCUUAAAGCACUACGGCAUCGAAGCGAUAGUUCGAAUGAUUUCGAGGUCGUCCGCGUAUAGCAAUUUUGCAGACUUAAUCCGACUAAAGAUAUCGUUGAUAAACAGAACAAAAAUAAGCGGGCCCAGAUGACUGCCUUGCGAGACAACUGUGGGUGUUCCGAAUGUGCUUAAGCGCGUGUUUUUAUAGUCCCGAAUGCCGAGUGAUCGGAAAGAUAAGACUGCAACCAGUUAGUCAGCAGGUGGAAAAUCCUAAACGUUUUAAUUUCAGAAUUGCGAUGUUGUGCGGCACUUUGUCGGAAACUUUUGAAUAAUCUAUAUAAAUCGCGAUAGAUGACGCUUCUCCAUGGCGGGAAACAACAUAUAAGUGAAAGCUAUCAGGUUAGGUCAGGUUAGUUGUUGAUCGUUUCGUAACGAACCCGUGUUGAUACUCCGAGAUAAUGUGGGAUGCAGCUGCAUACGUGACGUUGUAGGCCAGCUUUUCGAGAGCUUUGGAGAGACAAUAAUGAGAUACCUCUGCAAUUAUCAACAUUGUGAAUAUUUCCAGCAUUAUGGAUGGGAACGAUGGCAGCUUCUUUCCAGGCGAUAGGAACAAUGCCUUAAGCGAGAGAGAGAGAGAGAGAGAGCGAUUGAAAAUUAUGCACUUUGGAAGAAACAGCACGUGGGCGCAGUUUUUAUAAAUUGAGGCAAUAGAUGAUCGGGGCCAGGCCCUUUCGACGAAUCAACCGCAACCAGUGACGUCGGUUCGACUUACAACGGGACGAGGGAGAUUUAUGUUGUACGAUGGCAAUGUUUCCAAAUACUCUUCUGAAGGGACGGUAUGGUCGCUUCCAAACACUCCGCGAAAGAAAUCAGCAAACAGAUUUACUACAUCAGCUGGACAUGGCGCAUUUGCGUUUUCAAGAAAAACGUCCGUGGGAGUGCUACCGGUUCGAUUUCUGCUACUAUCGAAGUUCCAAAAUGUUGCAGGGUGAUCGCGAAAGCUAUUUUGCGCACGAUUCAAAUACUCACGAAAAGCGGAAUUCCGGGCAGUUUCGUAUUGCAGUUCUGUCUGUCGAAGAGUAACUUUGUUUUCGUUUGAUUUUUGGCGAAUAUAACGUUUGCGUUGUUUUCGCAGGACAUUACGCAAGCUCCUGGAACCUUUUGGCGGAGUAUAUCAUAUACUGUGCUAUAGAACAACGCUACUGGAUCAUCAAGCUCAUUACAUCACAUUAAGUCGGUCAAGUCGACAGUGGCUAUCAUUGCGGAGAUUUCGUCAAAGUUGCAACGGUUAAAGUCAAACUCAAGGUCGUCAAUCGAGUGAAUCAUCUCCAGUGUUGGUACGUACAUCUAGUCGCAAGACAAACGGUUUGUGAUGUGGAUCGAUUUUGAGAAUAGCAGUCGAAGGUUCAGGCAGCUCUGCGAUAUCCGUUUUUUUUCGAAUGCAAGAACGGGGAUCCUCCCGUUCGAAUUCGCUAGUGAGCAGAUCUGGUACAAAGUGCCUGCAACCAUAGACUCCGUUACAGCUAUUUCUUGUUCUGAUGAGGCAUUGAUAGGUAGGUAACAUUUUAGAUCGUUGCUGACCAACCACUGAAUGCGUGGACGAUUGUAGUUUACGAAAACGAGAAGUGUCCGUGAUGCCAGCAUUGUCCAGCAUUAGCGUGCGCGUGAUACAAAUCCGGAUCACUAUUUUGCCUUAGAUAAACACAGCUAAUAUAUACGGAUUGAUUCGGGAGUUCGAUACGCACGGCGAUUUGCUCGACGCGUUCAAUUCUUGACAAACUUCGCUGCGAACCUGCGAGGUUGUUCUUUACCGCUAUUAGAACGCCACCGCCUCGGCGUAGAUAACUGGUUGUUGAGUUGCGGUCGCUGCUAGUUCGACGAGAGUUCAGCGUUUAAUGUCUUCGUGCAGCCAGGUUUCCGUUGGGACAAUGGCGCCGUAAUCACUAUAAGAAAGUGCUAGAUUGAAUUCCUGUGUUUUCGUUCUCAUUCCUCUCACGAUCUGGUAGAAAACGGAAAAAACUGAUGUGCAACAACUUCGAGAACAGGCAGUACAGGAAGUAAAUCAGGCGAUGUAACUAGUUGGGAGAGGGGCGAAGAGUCGUUGUUGAGCCGGGCGAAUUCGGUUUCCAAAAAGCCUUUCUGGAUUCCGACUUCUCUUCGAACUCACGAUAAGCAAUCCCAACUAGUCAGAUAGACGCCGUCAUAGCCUUAUCUUUGAGAUCUGUGGCCAUGCCAACUGUGUAGGAGACAAAAUUCAGCGUUCUACGAUCUCUGCCACGAGGGACCAACUUAACGACAGUGAUGGCCUAAUUUGCGGGUUUAUCCGCCCCUAGCUUGGUGACACUUUCACCAGGAACAUCGGGCGAAAUUCCCGACAAAUCCAACCGAAACUUUUUAGCUUCUCGAUUCAUAGCGAUGGAUGAUGUCAAUGAACUGACGGCAUCAGUACGGCGUAGCAGCUAAGAAGGAUUGGAGGCUGUAUCGUCGUUGUCUCUCUUUCUUUUAGCAGAAUUAAAGGAAAAUUUCCACUGUCCAGGAACUGGCGUUUUUGGUACAGUGUCGAUCAACGUUUUGAAGUUGGCCCGAAUUUCCACCUUUAAUUCCUCCAAUAUGUCCGCCGAUCGAUCACCAUUUGGUUUGCGGACUCAACGGACACCAAUGCGUUACAAAAACGUGCUUUGUUCAUGACAUUUGUGCAGGUGUUACAUAUCCAAAAUAAGUUAGAUUUGCUAAGAACAGCGGCAAAUAUUUCGUCGUUUAGUCCGCAACAUUUCGCGCAGAAUGACAAAGAGCAAAAACCGCCACAUUUUACAGCAUUACGACCAUCGAAAAUAGUAUCAGUGCAACUCUCACAAAAUCCAGGCAUUUUACGAUAUGCGCUAGUGUAAGGGUAACUAGUUGAAGUGCUCAGUAACAGAGGGCACCACUUGCACUCUACAAGAUGAUGAAAGGCGAGAUGCAUUAUAGUAUAGGUGUUCACAUUCGUCAAGUUUGAGUGUGUUGGUUUGUUGUUAGUGAAAUUAAUCAUGGCGGCCCAGGACCGCGAAGCACAUAAUCAACAAACCGACCAAUCGAAACGAAGCUUGUAAGCACGUGGUAAAAAUAAGUAUGGCGUCCGGGAUCACAAAAGAGCAAAUGUUUACAUCACUAACCAAUCAGAAUGAAGUAUGAGACCACGUGCUUCUGUUUUCUUCUUCAUUCUUCUUGUUUGCCCGAAAAAAGUGACAGCUGAUGCACACAGAAAAAAAAUGUGUACACCUGUAUACACCUCGGAUGAAAGGUAUGCUUUUGGGUACGAAAUUCACGCAGGUACAAGAUCGAAGGAGCGCAGGAAAGAACUGAUCAAAACAAAGACGCACAAACUUCUCACCUUUUUCGUUACGGCACACGGAGAUCAGGAAGGCGGACGACAACUGAUGGAUGUAGAUGUUUAUAAUUGGUAUUUUGUUCAGGAUUGUGACACUUUUGUAUACUGCGGGUGGAAGCGAUGGCGGCGGAGUGGCGAUGUAGCGGUAGUAUGGCAAAUCAGCGAACUGCUUCAGCUUGUUCAGAAUCUUUUUGGAUAUUGCGGUCUUACCUUGCGUGCGAAUAAAACACCGUAUUUCGGCAAGCGAACACGGUGAUUGGCUAGCAAGUUUGAACGGCUUUGCAGGAUACCGAGGCGAAUAAUUACAAUAGUUACGAAUGCUUUGCGCAGUUCCCACCAACCUGGCUUCCGCACUUUUAGAGUGCGAGUGAUCUAACUGCUACUGAAAACUGCGAACUGUCAAAACACAUGUAUUUCAAGUGAUAGAGAUGGUACUUUCAUAGACAGACCAGUCGAACUAACCAAUCUUUGAGAAGAUUUCGAUAGAAGAAUAGAAAGUGCGCAGUGCGGUUAGAAUCAAGUUUUUAGUGCCACAAGCAAUAUCCAUGAUACAUCGAAGUUCCAAGCAGCAGGCAUGUUAUGCACAUCAGAGCAAAUAAAGAGAAGAAUAACAAACUCUCUUUGCACUUUUCAUGCGAACCACCGCUCUUCUCUUUCACAAUAAAUUUCUUCACUCCGAUGUGUGUUGCUCCCACACGUGUAUUCUACUCCAUAGCUGCACACCACAAAGAGUAGAUAAAGAGGCUUUUUAAUGUGUAUCUUGGUCCCACGCGCACGUAAGUAGAAAAGGCAACCAAAAAAUAUUUUUAAAACGAUCUUGAGUGAGGGGAGGCACAAAAAAGUAGCUCUUCAAGGUGACUGCACGAAAUUGUGCAGCUCUUGGUGAACAGAUCUUACUCUUUUUCGUUUUCAAGUUUCUCUUUGUGCGGUCGUUCUGCACAUCGCAGUGUUUUUGUGGUGCGCUAUUUUUAAUCGGUGUAUUUCGCUCUUUGUGGCUCAUUGUGUGAGAAAAUAACAAGCCUACCAAGCAGUCUACCAUGUUGUUAAUUACCUUGAAUAAUUCCGUAUCGUCAGCAUAAAAUAAACGGCAGAUGGCAAUAACAAAGCAACAUCAUUAGUGAAGAUUGAAAACAGAGGUGGUCCUAAGUUGCUGCCUUGUAGACGAAAAAGGUUUCUAGGUGGAUGAUCCAAUUCUCACGCAGCAGUGUGGUUAGUUAAGUAUGAUCUGAACCAUGUAACGAUAGCUGAAACCUAACCUCUCGCUUUUGAAGCAGAUUUCCGUUCUCAACUCUAUCAAAAGCAACCUUGAGAUCCAAGUAUAUGGUGUCGAUUUGAGUACCGGUAUCCAUGUUACGUAAAAAAGGGGGAAGUGAAUAGUACUAGAUUUCUUGCGACAGAUCGUUGCCGGAAGAAUCCAAGUUGUUCGGUGUCGAUGUAAUUUUUACAACAGGCGAAACGUGCAUCGUUCAUUAUGAUCUCGAACAAUUUCGAAAAGGGAAAUUUGGACGUGAUACCUCGAUAGUUGGACACUUUUCGUUUAUCUCCUUUUUUGUGAAUUUAAAAAAGGUUAGAGAAUUUGCAUCUUGCGGAAAAUAGUUUUACUGCAGCGAGAGGUUGAAAAUCUCCACAAGAGGGCAACAGAGAACGUCUACGCGCCGUUUUAGUACCGUCGAGGGAAUACCGUCAAGUCCUGCAGCUAGCGAUGGCUAGCGAAGUGUUGUUAAACACUCGCUUGAACGGCUUAGCGAAAGGUUGCACUUGUCACGUUCGUGUCUGCAUCCGUUCCUGGAACCUGGGUGACGGCAAACCGCACUCGUUUCUCUUAGCAUUAACCAGCGACCAAAACUGCUUUGGGUUUCGGCGAAGAGUUUCCUGUGUGCGUCUCACGUGCUGAUUUUAUUGUUUAUUGUUUAUUUGUUGUACCGUCACCAACAGACCCCUUGGCCCCAAUGGUGGUUACUUAAACUAAUUACAUUUCAGAAUACGCAUUAUUAUAGUUUUUUUUAUCGAAGUCCUUGUCAGGUUGAAGUCAAAAGCCGUCGCCACACUGUUAAACUCACUUUGGGGUCCGGUAACAGGGCUCUGGCGCCCAUAGUUGGUUCUCCUGAACGGGACUCGCAGAAGAGAGUUAUUGCGCAGAGCUCGAAUGCGAGCUUGAAGAUCGAGGCGUCCGAGGAUUGUAGGGCAAUCCACCCUGGCAGACAGUAAGUCCGAGACGAACAGGGCUCGAGAGCAGUCCCUUCGGAUGCGUAGAGUAUCGAGCUGUAUUAACUGACAACGGUUUUCGUAGCUCGGCAGCUGAAAUCAGUUCCGCCAAGGAAGAUGUCGGAGUGCAAAGCGUAUGAACCGGCGUUGGACGGCCUCGAUUCUGUCGACGCCGUUCUGGUAGUAAGGGUUCCAAACAGCAGAGCAAUAUUCCAGUGUUGAGCGAACUAGCGCGCAAUAGAGAGAUUUUAAACAAUAUACGUCCUUAAAGUUUUUCGCUAUUCGGAAGAUGAACCCAAGCUGUCUUGAUACCUUAUCCACAAUGGAUGAUGUAUGUGGUUUGAACGUUAGUGCCGAAUCCAUGAUGACUCCGAGAGCCUUCACGUUAGAGUGUCUUGGAAUACUCGAGUCGAAGAGAUGGUAGUUAAACUGAUUCGGAUGGCGUUUCCGCGUGAACGUAACGAUUGAGCAUUUGCUCGGGUGUAAAACCAUUCUGUUUAGAUCAGACCACGUACUAAAGCUCUCUAAUUCACUCUGAAGAAACUCGGCAUCGGUUUUAUCCCGUAUUUGUUGAAAUAUUUUCAUGUCGUCGGCAAAAGAAAGGCGGGGUCCUUGUAAUUUGAUGUUGACGUCAUUAAUGUAGAGGAGGAAUAUCACUGGACCGAGAUGGCUUCCUUGUGGGAUGCCGGAUGUAGUGAAGAAUGGUGUAGAUAGACAGUUCUUAAUGCUGAUUUGUAGUUGCCUUCCAUCGAGGUAGGAACGAAACCAGCGCACUAAUUGUUCAUGAAUACCGAGUUUGUCCAGCUUCGCUAUUGUGAUAUCAUGAUUAAUUUUGUCGAAGGCCGCAGAUAAAUCCAUGUAAAUAACAUCGGUUUGCAAUCCGUCAGCGAAUCCAUCGAGUACAUAUGUUGUGAACGAGAUUUUAGAGGAAACGGCUGUAGCGACGGUAGUUAUUGCUGGCAGUAUUGAAUUCUCGUUUGUGAUAAGCUGUGCGGUGGCUGCAAUAUUUGCGAAGGGCAAACAAGCGGGAGCGUUUCAAGACUCGUUGGCGUGCAUUGGACUAAGAAAGUUUUAGUAGUGGUUUUCGCAAAGGCAUAACUGCAAAGAUGGCAAUAUCUAUUGUACUAUAGAAGCGACAGCAAAAUGAUUUUCCAUGAAAAAGGCCACAAAAAACGGCCGAAACGUCGAACAAUCAAAAAUAAGUCGUUUGAUAUUUAUACAAGACUGCAAAAGCCAAUACCAAAAUGAAGAAAUCAACAGCAUCGUCAAUUGAAGAGGUCGUUUCGAUGAACUACCAAUAGCAUUCGGAGAGCAUUUCGUUUAAAGCUGCGUAAUCCGCUCUUCAAAAGUCCAAAGUCCUGAGCUGAAGUUUCAGUAAGGCAGGUCGAAAUCUAUCGGCGCAGGCAUCAUAAACAAUACUUUAAGGGCGCGAUGAUCAGCGUGCAGAUCAAUCAAUGGUUCGGUGGCUGCAAGUGUUGACGUUUAGAAAGUGUCAUUUGCGAGAACGAUGUCCAGAAUUCGUGCAUUCCGAUUCAAAACAGCGUUCAUUUGUGUAAAACCGAUCAAAGCCGUCUAGAAGUACCCUGUACAUGGUUGUAAUAUGCAAAAGUAUAGGGUCUGAAUAUUCUACGUUGCUAUCGCCAGACUGCCAAAGCAAAUCAGGUUGAUUCGAGUCAUCGAUGCGCAACCGCUUUCGUAUGGAGCUGAUAGAAUCGAUAUCGUUCAAUGAUAGUAGCAUAAUCCUGGAAGUAAGAAAAUUGCACCUACACUGAUAACAUUAUGCAGUGUUUUUAUCAGAAUCCACAAUUGUUCGAGAAAAACCGAAUUCGGAGCAGGAUCGAUGAAACUGUUGAAUUCGUUCAAUGCGGCUAUUAAAACUCCUCCACCGCGAGCUUUUGUACCGUUUUCACUGGACCGAUCGGUUCGAAACACCUUGUACUUGAUGCCAAACAGUUGCGAUGGGAAGAUAGGUUAUCCAACCACGUUUCAGUUAGCACUAUCACGUCGUUUUCAGCUUAAAAAACAAACUGCGAUUCGGAAGAAAGCGCAAAUAAACUCUCAGUCACGAGAAAAAAAAAAUAAAACGGAGAAAUACUCGUCAUUUUUUCUUCCAAAGUAUUCCCCGGCAUUGUCGGCAACACGUGAAAUAUUUCUAGAUUUUUCGUCGUGAUUAUACGAAAAUACGAUUGAAUUCGCAUAACUCAGAUAGUAUAAAGUGAUGAGCCCUAAAUUGUUUAUUUUUUCACGCUAAAUUAUUUGUACAGAAAACGUUUCCUCCAUUAAAUUCAUCCAUCAGUCAAAUCACUCUUUUCCAAAUUACCAGCUUUAAACAGCUUCAGUACAUACCGUUCAAUUCAUAAUGUGUAUUGAAUCAGAAAAUUCGCUACUUAAACAAAGCCAUGAAUGGUUGAGAUGUAACUUUCAGAUGAAUGAGAAAAAACUAUCAAGUAUAGAGACUGUCCAUAAGCUAGUUCUUUAUUAAUAUCGUAAUUUUAUACUUAUCAUAUUGUUUAACCUCUACUCGGAGAAUAACCCGCGAUACAAAUUGAACCUGUAUACACGAGCACUUAUUUUUAACCAAUUCUCUCAAUUGUAAGCAGCACGAUAUCGAACUAUUGACUAUUGUCAGAUUUUUUACACGUACACAAAGUAACGGAGUUUUAUCCUACAUUCCUUUGAGCUACACAGCCAAACAAAUCUUCGAAUUAGUCCUGGAGCGAUUUCAUUUAACCAUCGCAAAACGCUCCUUCUUUCCUAGUACGUACGUAGUAGUAUACUUACCAGCAAUGAAGACUUAAGGAUUGGUCUCAUCAAACACACAAGAAAAAAACAAAACAAAAAUUAAAGUAUUACGGCAAAGAUGUAAAGAAACCAACUAUAAUUCGUUAACUGAAGCAACAAAAAAGUGAAAUGAACUCUAUAAACACUCAAAACAAAACUGAAACAAAUAUAAUGUUAUUCAAAUGUUAUUUCAAUCACUGUUGAAAUGUUAGAAUAAAUUCAAAUGACAGA